GAGUGAGGUGUUGUUGUUGUGUAUCAGCUUUUGGUGUGACUUCAUUGGGAUGACCAUCUGACUCAACCCAACUCAACUCAACUCGGUGGUGGUGAAGGGGUUUGAUCAUAAUAAGAAGUGGAAUUUCGGGGAAGAUGUUCGAUCCAGAUAUGUUCCAUACACUACACCCUCACCAUCAUAUGUUUGACAUGGCGUUUAAUACCUCCGAAAACGAGUUGGAACAUGUGAGAGAUGAUGAUUUUGAGUCCAAAUCAGGACCUGAAAUCACCUUCGAGCCGCCUUGUGAGAGUGAGCAUCAACAACGCGCCAAGAAGAGACGUUACAAUCGCCAUACACACCUCCAAAUCCAAGAAAUGGAAGCAUUCUUUAAGGAAUGUCCGCACCCAGAUGACAAGCAGAGAAUGGAUCUUAGCCGCGAGCUGGGGUUAGAGCCAUUGCAAGUCAAGUUUUGGUUUCAGAACAAACGCACCCAAAUGAAGGCUCAACAGGAAAGACAUGAAAAUGCCAUUUUGAAAGCCGAAAAUGAAAAGCUUCGAGCUGAGAAUACUCGCUAUAGAGAAGCAUUCGCACACUCCACCUGCCCCAACUGUGGAUCCUCCGCCACUGCCCUCGGCGAGAUGUCCUUCGACGACCAACAUUUGCGCAUUGAAAAUUCUCGUUUGCGAGAUGAGAUGGAGCGAAUGAGUGGAUAUGGCCUGAAAUCCACGAAGUCUGUCCCUUCUUCGUACUUUCACCUGCCGUCCAAUGCUCCACAGACGUCGGGUUUCGUGGGGGAAAUGUAUGGAGCAUGCGACUUUCUCCGCUCAAUUUCCCGACCUUCAGAAGCCGACAAGCCAAUCAUUGUAGAACUGGCGGUUUCCGGCAUGGAGGAAUUGAGCCGAAUGGCUCAGGCCGGAGAACCGUUGUGGGUUCCGGCUGAUACCAAGUCAAGUGAGGUGGUUCUUAACGAAGCAGAGUAUUUGAGUUGUUUUGGGGGCAGAGUUGGCCCCAAACCCUUGGGCUUUAGAACCGAAGCUUCUCGAGUUUCGGCUAUUGUGUUCAUGAACCAUAUUAAGCUCGUGGAUAUUUUAAUGGACGCUACGCAAUGGUCCACUCUGUUCUGCGGCAUUGUUUCCAGGGCGUCCACGGUCGAAGUUCUUUCCCCUGGCCUACCCGGAAACUUCAACGGCGCCUUGCACCUGAUGAGUGCUGAAUUCCAAGUCCCGUCGCCACUUGUUCCGACACGUGAAAACUACUUUGUAAGAUACUGCAAACAGCAGGGGGAUGGGGUAUGGGCGGUGGCUGAUGUUUCCUUGGACACCUUGAGGCCCUGUUCCAUGCCAAGGACCAGAAGGAGACCCUCUGGUUGUUUGAUUCAACAAUUGCCCAACGGCUAUUCAAAGAUCACUUGGGUGGAACAUGUUGAGGCGGACGAAACUGGUGUCCCGACAAUGUACAGACCGCUCUUUAAUUCAGGCCUCGCUUUUGGGGCUAAACGAUGGGUUGCUACUUUAGAUAGGCAAUCUGAACGGUUUGCCACAUCAAUCGCCACCUCCAUAUCCACCGGCGAUCUACGCGUCAUAUCGAGUAUUGAAGGGAGGAAGAGUAUGCUGAAGCUAGCAGAGAGAAUGGUGACGAGCUUUUGCGCUGGCGUUGGCGCGUCGAGUGUACACGCUUGGACGGCGUUACCAAUCGCCGCUGGUGAUGAUGUUCGAGUUGUAACGAGGAAGAGCACCGACGAACCAGGGCGACCACCUGGUGUUGUGCUGAGCGCCGCCACUUCUUUUUGGAUCCCUGUUCCACCUAAGGCUGUGUUUGAUUUCCUUCGGAAAGAGAAAUCUCGAAGCGAGUGGGAUAUUCUGUCGAAUGGGGGCUUAGUCCAGGAAAUGGCGCACAUAGCCAACGGCCGCCACACCGGGAAUUGUGUUUCCUUGCUCCGUGUCAAUAGUGCAAAUUCGAGCCAGAGCAAUAUGCUGAUACUACAAGAAAGCUGCACCGACUCUACAGGAUCCUACGUUAUUUAUGCUCCGGUGGACACUGUUGCAAUGAACGUGGUGCUAAGCGGUUGUGAUCCGGAUUACGUGGCACUUCUACCGUCAGGAUUCGCCAUACUCCCUGACGGACCUGCCGGGGCCAACGGCGGGGAAAUUCUGGAGCUGGGCUCCGGAUUCGCCAUACUCCCUGACGGACCUGCCGGGGCCAACGGCGGGGAAAUUCUGGAGCUGGGCUCCGGUGGGUCACUCAUCACGGUGGCAUUUCAAAUCCUGGUUGAUUCAGUUCCAACAGCUAGACUUUCAAUUGGAUCAGUGGCCACCGUGAAUAGCUUGAUUAAGUGCACGGUUGAGAGGAUCAGAGCCGCUGUGAUGCGGGAAAAUCCCUAAAACGCCCCGUUUUUAAGUUUUUUCUUUUUAAACUACGUAGGUGAGGAAGAGGAAGAGGAGGAGUCGAGAAGUCAAGAACGCACCUUGAAAAAGCACUUUCCGGGAGACGAAUGGGAAAUGGUUUGUAGGGGUUGGAAGAAUCAGAGAGGAUCGAGGAGGUUCGGGCAUUGACUUUACUCCAACCUUCAACUUCAAUAACGAAAUUUUCUUCUUCUAAGUUUAGUGUUUGGUGGUUUUGAAAUUCUCUUGUUCUUAUUGUUCUUAGGUUCCGGUGGUUAAUUGUAUUUUGAAUUUUGUCAUUAGGUUGGUGGUAAUAAUAUUUAGAGACUCAUUCUAAAA